AACAGAAACUGUGUCAAGAACUCAAAACAGUUUAUGGUACGAUUUCGUUUGCAUGUAUUCUUUUGUUUACCUAUUUGAUUUUAAAAAGCAUCAACAUCAAAGUUAGCUCUGCAUACCGAAGAUAGCCACAGGACCAUUUUCUGAUCUUUUAAUGACUGCUCUACCGAAUAAGCAAAAUGUGACCUGCGUUUUGUCUGCGCUAAGGACAUAACUACAGUUAACUGUAACUAGAAUUCACUAUGGGUGCCAGUGGCAGAUAAUGGCGUUAACAGAAGAGAGGGCAGCAUGUCUAUUUUGGUCAGGAACAAUCUGCGCUUUCUUAUUUACCAUACUUUAUUCAUCAUUAUGCAUACUUAAAAUAGGUAUUGUUAGUUCAGAAACAUGUGCGUUCUUAGAGAUAGCCACAGUAGCGUCAGUGUUGGCCUUUAUAAUUGGAAUGGCAUACUACUGCUAUAAACAAAAGGUUGGACUGUCGGAUUCCAAUGAUAUUUACACACACUGGACUAUAUCAAGACCACAUCAUAUCACACAUAUCCCAAGAGAGACUGAGGUCAUGACACCCAUUCCUGAUGAGGAUGUGUCACAUGACUUUGAGUGUUCUAUAUGUAGCGAGGGGAAAGACGAGGCUCUUAUUAUUCAACUUAAAUGCUCACACUAUUUUCAUAAAGUAUGUAUACAACAGUGGUUUAAAUCAGAUCAUCAGAUGAGUUGCCCUUUAUGUAGAACUUCUCAACUUAGAAGAGAGCGUUUAGUGGUACUAACUAUCAUACCGGCAUUACAGCCUCCUGUUGCAUCACAAAUAUAAAAGUUUUCAUUUAUGUUGGUGGAUUAAAAUGGAUGCACAGAGAGAAUUUGGAUUAUAUAUAUCAGUGCAUGGUGAUGGUCAAGUCGGUCAUCAUUGAUGUAUAGUCAAUCUUAUGUCUUUCGCAAUUUAAGAUUUUUAAAAUGCAAUACAUUUUAUAGUUGUAUCUAUGAUACGUUUAUGUAUUUAUUUAUAUUUUUGUCAUUUACUAUUAUUAUUAUAUUAUUGUACAUGAUCUGAAAGCAAGGUUGUUAGGAAUAAACAAUGAA